CUGUGAUUUGCUCAACCAGGGCCUUCGUUGGCAAGUGGGUGAUGGGAUCUCCAUUAGAGCUCUCUCGGAUCAUUGGCACCCAACCUCUCCACCCUCUUCCCCUACGACUCGGCCGGGUGCUCCAGCUGCUUCUCCUUUCGUCUCGGCUUUCAUUGAUCUAGGUACACGCUCUUGGAAUAUAGCUAUGUUACGAUUGUACUUUGAUGCUCCUACGGUUCAGAUUAUCCGUGGAAUCCCAUUACCUCUACAACGCAUAGCUGAUCAAGUUCUUUGGCAUCAUGAAGCUUUAUGUUGUGGAAGAAUCGGUGUAUGGUGGUGUUUCAAGGAAAAAGCAACUUCGGCUAGAUGUACUAGCUAAUCAAUGGCUAUUCCAAGUGAAGGAGAAUGAGCAAGCACUGUUAAUUACUCCAACUAUUCCUCAGCGGCUGGCUCUUCAAACUCAGUCCACUAUGGCUGGUAUUCAUGGAUGCUCUGCAUCCUUUGAUGCUGCAACUUCGCGGCUGGGUAUGGAACCACAAGUUCUGUCUUUUUUUAUGUUUCAGAGUUUGAUUUGCAUUGGGGGUGACGCAAAACUCAUUAUAGACAAGGCUUCAGCAAGGGAUUCUGCAGACAACAAUAUUGGUUCAAUCCUGAAGGAAAUUAUUGCACUCUUGGACGCGAUGGAUUCUUCUCUAGUUCAAUUUACUGGUAGUGUUCAAAACAGAGCUACUCAUUGGUGGCUUGUCAUGCUCUAUCUUUGUCGCCUCCCUUGUUAAGGAGGUUCGACUUCUAUUCAUGGUUUCGUAGUAGGGACAAUUGAUGUACUCGGUAUCUUUGUAUCUGGAUCCUUUCCUCUUUUGAAGAGUGAUCUAUUGGGGAAAAAAAAUAAACUCAAUGGAAAUCAUUUGGGCUUUCCAUAUCUGUAGUAUUAAAAUUGAGCCC